AGGGUAGAGCCCCUCCAGCCUCGCCUCCACCUGUGGCCGCGCGUGCACAGCGCACAUCCCCGCAGCUGCUCCCGCCUGUCGCUCCUCUGCGUGAUGGGGGCCAGCUCCAGGAAGAAGCGGGACGCUCCCAAACCCGGUGUGGCGGCCUCCGACGGGAAUCACGCUGCAGGCCGUCCCGCCUUUGAGGGGGAGAAGGUCUACGCGGGGGUCCGAGUCCGGAUGCCCGUCAAGGAUCUGCUCCAGAACAUCCGCCGGCGUUCCCAGGGAGACCGUGCGGAACAGUCUGAGGUCUGCGGUAAGGGCAAAGGAGUCUCCAAACGAAUGCGAGCGCGGCCCAGAAACCGAGCCGUCAGGGUCCAACCCGCCAUGAAGAGCCUGGAGGAGCUGGCAAUCAUCCUGGAGGUCCUGGAGGAUGAUCUGAGGACAGGAAACGCUUACCGGGCCGCGUCCAGGAACCUGUCGGUCAGCCCCGUGCACUCAGAGCUGGGUGCUACAGGAAGCAGUGAUGAGUUUGAUGACGUGGCUUCCAGUCCAGAGUCGUACGCUGAUUACUGUCCAUGGACAGCGGAAUACCACCAAGCCACGCCUCCCACCUACAGUUUGUCCUCUGACCUUCAACAUUCACUCUUGGAAAAUGAGCGAGACACUGAACAAUGCAACUACCAGAACCGCCACCAGGUCCUGAGCAGCUCGGCUUUCUUCUGGAGACAACUGCAAAAAGCAGAUGACCAACUGGAGGGCAUCUCUGAUGGGGAGCUGCUGGCCACGGACCAGCAUGGCAGAAUAGCUCUUCACACAGCGGCGUGUUUUGGAAAGCGGGCACUAGGCUAUGCCAUCGCUAGGAGGAUGGCGGCUCUCGGCUGCCUGGAUGCCAAAGAUUCUGAUGGAAUGACUGCUCUCCUCUAUGCAGCAAAGCACAACCAGCACCUGAUGGUGGCAGAUUUGAUUGGCCUAGGAGCCAACAUCAACGAGACGAACAGGUGGGGAAAGUCCUGCCUCCACCUGAGCGCUGAGAAUGGCUACGUUCGAGUCCUGGAGGUCCUGAAACAAGCCAUGCUGGACGGCGUGCUACUAGACGUGGAGGCCAAGGAUAACGCCGGUGAGUCCUGUGAGCUGCUGGUUAAUUGCCAGGCCUCCAUCUCCAUGAUCUACUCACAGAUUAUGUGCCAUCCAAGCUCAAACACACCUGUCCUCUCAUGCAAACAACCCUUCACAUUACUGACAGCAAGAACUGUGAUAAAGACCUCUGAAAAACGAGCAUGCGGCGUUCUGCCUGGGGAAAAGAACGGGCAAGACUGCAGCUUACAUGUUCUGAGAUCAUGUUUGAUCCCAUGGAGGGAAAAAGAAACAUCAGCAAUGAAAAGUAAAUGAAGACAACAUAAGAAAUGAGCAGCAGGAAUCUGCCACAUCAUAAAUACGCUAGCUGCAGGUUUGUCAGCCAUAACGGCUGGAGUUCACCCCCCCAGCUAAAGAACAUCCUAAAAAUCUGAAGAGUUUUGGCUCAACCACCUGCCAAUCAAAGCAACACGCCGCUAGUAAAGCACAAGGUUGAACUUUAAAAAACUCAAACGGCUUUUUCACAAACCCCCCACCAGUUUAUUCAUUAUUGGAGAAGAAAUCAGGACCUUAGAGAGGUUUUGGACAUGCGGAUAUGUUUAUUUUCUGUUUAAAAUGUGACUUAUUGGCAUGAUGGGAGGGGUAACCCUUUAACACCGGAGCUCCAGUGUUGACGUUCAUUCCUCUACCGUAACUCUUCAACCGUUACUGCGACAAACGUCAUUCCAGCAGAUUCGGAAGCAGAAAAAAGUUACUUUGCAACACUUUACAGUAGUAAUUUGUUGCACAUCGAUGCAAAGCUUAUAUGAAAAGCAGCUUCCCUCCCCGUCAAAUCAGCCAAUUGACGAUGGCGUGAACAAUCAGGGAGUUACUGUAUGUCAAAGAAAGGGUGUUAUUUAGCAACAGGUGUUCAGGGGUUAAAUCCAGGCUCUGAUUGGUACCAACCAUCCAUCCAUCCAACGCCUAUCCCCGCUACUGAGCUACUGUUGUGCAAAGGCGAGGGUCUCCCUGUCCGUUGCAGGGCCGGAACAAACUAGCAUGUGCCAAUCUUGUGAAUUGAAGGUGGGUUUUUUUCUUUUUGGGGGGGCUCUCUGUUAUAUCCACACAUGAUGCUGGCUGUCGAGCACAGAGAUGGAAGGAUGAUGAUGUGGGUUUGCUCUACAAGACCUUAACCCUCAUUAUUACAUGAUGAUGUUCUAGAAAAACAACAAAUUACAUUAAAUGUGGUAAAUAUUAUUAAUGAAAACUCAAAUCGCUACAGAAUUUAAAGUUAUGGAAAAAUCAAAACAGAGAAAAAGUAGAAAUAAGGUAUGCAGAUGCCUCACUGUGCCCCAUGCUCUU